CGAACGAAUUGCAUUUCUGGUGCUUGUGCGUUAGGAGUGAUGCGGUUUUCCUUUACACGCAAAAAAGUGCAAUUCAUUGCAUCGUGUCUUGGUUAGUUUGGUCGGUCGAGGUGCACAUUGUGCACGCGUAUGCAUUUCUACAUAUGUACGUACAUUUGGGCCCCCCACCCCCCACGGCCAUUCCUUCAUUUUGGAUACGAGCACGAUAAUAUAUUUAGUAACAUUCGUUUAUCAUAUUAUUCUUUAUUUCCUUGUCAUCAUCAAAGGCAGCGACGCUAGGCGCAAAUUUGUUCACAACUGCUGCUACUGCUUACUAGAGUAACCUAGCUGUCAUAUACAUACAUACAUAUAUGACAUAUACGUGUGUAAAUAUUUCCUCGCUGUUUAGCUUAGUCGUUGCGUUGUGUUUCAACGAAUGUAAACGCGUCCCAGUUUCACAAGAAUAUCAAAGGCGCACUCAAAGCUUCACGUUUCCUUCGUGUCAAGUGAGCAGUCUCAUUUAUUAUCAACGUGCGACAUCUGAAACUUUAUCCGCAGAACAGUUCACAGACUAAGAAGUAAUUCAAACGUGAAUUACGAGACUUGUAAAUCGCUCUCACACUGUGUGGUGACUUUGAGAGGUGUGACGUGUAGUGACAUUUAAUAAGCAAAAGAAAACAAGUGCGACUAUGGCGUUGGCGAAGAACUCUGAUGAGAUUUUGGCACUGGAGAAGUUUGAGAAAAUUGUAAAGGACUUGAAGGUGGAUAGAGGAACGAUGAUGAGAUUUCUGAGAGCCAGGAACCUUGACCAAGCCAAUGCGGAAGCCAUGCUGAGAGCGUACGUUCAUUGGAAAAGCAACAACAUUUACGAACCGGCUCUCAAAGGAUGGAAGCCAGAAAAGGAUUUCAUGCUCAAGUUUGAAGCGUUUCGCUGUGGGGCAGAUACGGAAGGAAGGCCCGUGUUUUACAUACAUUUUGAUACGUGGAUGCCAUCUCGCCCCCUGUUCGAUGAUUUUGCCCCCUUCGACUUGGUACUCUUCGCCUACAAAACGUUUAUAGAUUUAUACGAGGACAUUGCAAAGACUGAGCAUCAACAAGUUGUGGCCAUUUUAGACAAUCAAGAUAUUGGGUUUAGCAAAAUAUUUCACGAGGUGCAACAUUGGACUGGAAUCCAAACUCUCAUUGACAUCUGGCAACUUUACGAAGCCAACUUUCCAGAGACCCUUCACAAAGCAUUUUUCAUCAAUACUGCCCGACCCUUCAUGUUGGGAUUCAAUUUAAUGAAGCCCUUCAUCGCGAAACACACUCUUGCCAAAAUUUCAAUAUAUGGAACAGACGAAGACAAAUGGAAACCCGACCUUCACAACUUUUUACCAAACGACUCUAUUCCAGAAAAGUUUGGAGGAUGUGCAACACUGGUUCAUGUGUAUGACAUUGUUUACGACGGAAUCAUGGCCAAACUCAAAGGAGAGAAAAUUCAUUAGUUCAAAUCAACUGUUCCUUUUCAUAUCUAUGAAUUGUAUGCCAAAUUAUUCUGUACUGUAAACUAAAAGUUAAACUAAAAGUAUUUAAUUGAAAUGACUUUAGAAA